AUGAAUGAUCCAUACUCUCGGUUGCUACAAGCUCUCUCGGCUCUGAAUACUCCUGACAAAUAUGAUUCAUUCAAAGUUUCCAAAGCCUCUUACAAGCACCUCGGAGGCUCUUCCAUCCAUACUGAUAUUCUCAUUCCUUCGCGUUUGUUAUCGACCAAGGCGCAGUCAAGAUGCCCCGUGAUGGUGCGAGUACACGGAGGAUUUUUGGUCACGGGCUCUAGUCACUACCCUCCUUGGUUUGCAAACUGGACAUUAGACUAUGCUCUGUCAAAAAACGCAGUGAUAUUAGCCCCAAACUACCGUUUGCUACCAGAGGCCAGUGGGAAAGACAUAUUAGAAGACCUGGAUGAUUUCUGGCGAUGGCUGCGCAGCCCAAAGUUCGUCGAGGUCAUCAAAGCUGCCAGCUCCCAGCAAAUAACUCCCGAUCUUGAUACGGUUCUCGUGGUAGGGGAGAGCGCAGGUGGCUUUUUGGCCAUGCACCUGGCACUUAGCUACCCAUCUGAAAUACAUGCCCUCAUCGGAGCUUAUCCAAUGCUCGAUGUGGAAUCGGAGUUUUACACACGAAAAUACCCGAAGCCCAUCAUCGGCGUACCUAACAUGCCCAAUGAACUCAUUGAGCAACACCUUUCAGCACUACGAGCCACUUCGACACCCACUCUGGUCACUGCAGCAGAUCCACCGGACCGUCUGGAACUGGCAUUUUCGAUCUUCCAAAACGGUCGAUUGCUCGAAUUCUUAGGACCGGAGAACACCAAUCUGUUUCCAAUGAGAAGAGCACAAGAUCUGGCAGCUUCUGGGAGGCUCAAACUUCCCCCAACUUUCAUUUUCCAUGGAAGACAGGACUCGGCUGUGCCAUUCAUAGGCUCGCAGCGAUUCUUUGAUAUGGUGCGAGAGAAAUCACCCGAUACGUUGAUUGAACUGCAUGGAGAGGAUGGGGACCAUGGUGUGGACUUUGAAGCGACUCUGGAAACAGAGUGGUUAAAGAUGGGGUUGGAAAUGAUAUCGAACGCGUGGGUUGGUGCGAUGAAAGUGCAUUCCAAUCUUUGA